AUGCAAGCGCCGGUUGUUUAUUUGAACACGUCUACUCAGAGACAAACUGGGAGACAGGCACAAGUUGCCAACAUCACAGCGGCAAAAGCGGUUGCCGACAUCAUCAGAACAUGUUUGGGUCCCAAGGCGAUGCUCAAGAUGUUGUUGGAUCCCAUGGGAGGCAUUGUUUUGACCAACGAUGGCCAUGCCAUCUUGCGAGAAAUCGACGUGUCGCACCCGGCUGCGAAAUCAAUGAUUGAGUUAUCGAGAACUCAGGACGAGGAAGUUGGCGAUGGAACAACCACGGUGAUAAUUUUAGCCGGUGAGAUUCUUGCGCAGACGUUCCCUUACAUUGAGAGAAACAUCCACCCUGUCAUCAUCAUCAAGGCUCUUAAGCAGGCGUUGAAAGAUGCCUUGGAUGUCAUUCACGAAGUAUCUAGACCCGUCGAUAUCGACAACGACAAGGCGAUGAUCAAGCUUAUUCAGGCUUCGAUUGGCACCAAGUACAUUAACAAAUGGUCGGAGAAGAUGUGCCAAUUGAGCUUGAAAGCUGUGAGAACCGUGACCAUUGAAAACGGAGACCACAAGGAGAUUGACGUCAAGAGGUAUGUGAGAAUUGAAAAGAUCCCCGGUGGAGAAGUUGAAGAGUCAGAGGUGCUAGAUGGCGUUUUGUUGAACAAGGACGUUGUCCACCCCAAGAUGAAGAGACACAUUGAGAACCCGCGAGUCAUCUUGUUGGACUGCCCCUUGGAGUACAAAAAGGGCGAGUCGCAAACAAACAUUGAAAUCACAAAGGAAGAAGACUGGAACAGGAUAUUGCAGAUUGAAGAAGAGCAAGUCAAGGCCUUGUGUGACCAGCUCCUAGAAUUCAAGCCCGACUUGGUGAUCACCGAAAAGGGUGUCAGCGACUUGGCUCAACACUAUCUAUUGAAAGGCGGUGUCUCGACAUUGAGAAGAGUUAAAAAAUCCGACAACAACAGAAUCGCAAGAGCCACGGGGGCAACUAUAGUCAACAGAGUCGAAGACUUGAAAGAAUCCGACGUUGGAACAAAAUGCGGAGAGUUCAAAGUCGAGUUGAUUGGCGAUGAAUACUUUUCCUACCUCUACAAAUGCAAAGACCCUCAAGCAUGCACAAUCAUAUUGAGAGGCGCUUCAAAGGAUAUCUUGAACGAAGUCGAGAGAAACCUACACGACGCAAUGGCAGUCACGAGAAACGUCAUGUUUGCGCCAUCAUUGAGUCCCGGAGGCGGCGCCACGGAAAUGGCUUGCAGCGUGAGAUUAUCAGAAAAGGCCAAGACCAUCCAGGGAGUGGAGCAGUACCCAUACCAAGCAGUUGCUGAUGCUUUUGAAGUGAUUCCCAGAACCUUGAUUCAAAACUGCGGAGGUAACCCAAUCAAGGAGUUGUCGCAGUUGAGAGCCAAACAGGCCCUGGGCCAUUACACUUUUGGUAUCGAUGGAGAAAACGGCAAGAUGGUCAACAUGGAAGAGUACGGGAUCUGGGAACCCGAGGUGAUUAAACAGCAGUCCAUCAAGACUGCCAUUGAGAGUGCUUGCUUGUUGUUGAGAGUCGACGAUAUCGUUAGUGGAGUUCGUCAGUCCCAAUAG